AACUUUUGUUCACCUCACCACCACCACACUAAAACGAGAUGGUCCGCAUCGUACUGCCGCUCAGUGCCCUUCUGAGUCUCUCGAUGGCCGAGACAUUCAAGGGCAAAGCCACACUCUAUGGUCCGGCCGACGGCGUCGACGUCUUCAGCGGCAACUGCGGGCUCAUGGACGCCCUUCCGACGUCGCGCCAGUUCCAAGUCGCCAUGAACCUCGACCAGUACCAACAAGGAAUCCACUGCGGCCGCUGCAUCCAAGCCCAGUGCACCGACGCCCGUUGCAAGGACACACCAAAAGUCACCGGCCAAGUCACCAACACGUGCCCGGGCUGCGCCAAGGGCGACCUCACGUUUUCGCAGCCCUUCUUCAAGCAGCUCACGGGCGCCACGACCGACUGGUUCCAGAUCUCGUGGGCGUUCGUCGACUGUCCCGUCGCCGGCGGCGUCAAAGUGUGCGCCAAGUCGGGCAGCUCGCCGUACUGGCUCGCGGUGCAGCCGACCAACACGAUCGGCGGCGUCCAGAGCAUGAUGGUGAACGGCAAGCCGGCUCGGUACGCGACCGAGAUCACCAACUACUACUUCCAGGCCGAGCCCAAGCCGGAGGUGCCGCUGGCCAACACGACGGUGACGAUGACGUCGUUCGCGGGUGAGACGAUCACGGCGACGGUAGCGUUGACGGAGGGCAAGUGCACGGAGAUCCCACAGCAGUUCGGCCACCCGGGGACGCCGACACCGACACCGACGUCCGGUACCCCGACACCGACACCGACGUCCAGUAGCCCGACACCGACACCGAGUGACCCGACACCGAGCACGUGUGGCGCACCGGAAGCCAACAUCGACUACUACGGCAAUGACGUCGGCAGUCUCCAGGUCGUCGGACCCCAGGCCGACCAACUGCGUGAGUGCUGCAGUGCGUGCACCAAGAACGACCGUUGCCAUGCCUUUUCGGUCGCCGGGGAAACGUGCUACCUCAAGUCGUCGGCGGACGGACGCAAGGUGGCGCCCGGUGUUGUGUCGGCGCGCAAGACAUCGGCGCCAACACCGACACCGACUACACGCGCCUGCGGGUCGCCCGAGUGGAACACCGACUUGUUUGGCAACGAUAUCUCCAACUUUAAGGCCUACGGUGACUUUACGUCCAUGAUGGCGCAGUGCUGCGAUGGCUGCAAGAAGACAUUGUCCUGUGCGGCCUUUACACUGGCCGACGGCGUCUGCUACCUCAAGCACGCCGUCGGCAACCGCCAGGCCACGAGCGGAGCUACAUCCGUGGCCAUGGUCGCAGCGUAA